AUGUCGACGCGAUACUUCAUGGCGCUCUGCUGCAUUGCCGCGGCUCUGGCCGUGGCGCCUGCCCACGGCGCGAUCCUCCCGUGGUUCGGGAACAGCGGCGGCGGGCGGGACGAUGCCGUGACGUCGCCGCUGCAGGAGAUGGGCCUCCUGGCCGACCCGUUCCGGGUCCUGGAGCACGUCCCCUUCGGCUUCGACCGCGACGACGUGGCCAUGCUCUCCAUGGCCCGCGUGGACUGGCGCGAGACCUCCGACGCCCACGAGAUCGUGGUGGACGUGCCGGGGAUGCGGAAGGAGGACAUCAAGGUGGAGAUCGAGGAGAACCGGGUGCUGCGGAUCAGCGGCGAGCGCCGGCGGGAGGUGGAGGAGCGCAAGGGCGACCACUGGCACCGGGAGGAGCGCUCCUACGGCAGGUUCUGGCGCCAGAUGCGCCUCCCCGACAACGCCGACCUCGACACCGUCGCCGCCAGCCUCGACGCCGGCGUCCUCACCGUGCGCUUCCGGAAGCUGGCGCCCGACCAGAUCAAGGGCCCGCGCGUGGUGGGCAUCGCAGGGGGCGACGACGGCGCCGCAGCCAAGACGAGCAUCGGCGACGCCGGCAGCGCUGCGGGGGAGGAGCGCCAGGCCAAGAAAGUCGAGCUCUGA